AUGGCGUCGUUCGGAGAGGUUAAUGCUUCUGUGGUCCCCCGGCCGGCGGGCGAUGCUGGGAGAGGCCUCUUCGCAACGUCCACUAUCAAGAUGGGCAAAGAUGUGUUCAGCAUGCCUGCAACGUUCUCUACAGUGCUGAGCACCGAGAGACUGAAAGAUGCAUGCUCUAACUGCUUUGCAAAUCUUCCGUUCGGAGUCAACGUCAUGGCAAGCGUUGACAUGAAACUGUGGGCCUGUUCUGGCUGCAAAGUAGUCAAGUACUGUGACAGGAAAUGUCAAUCUGCAAACUGGAAACUUAUACACAAGCAUGAAUGUGCUAUAUACAAAAAGCUAUACCCCAAGGUUCUCCCUGUGAACUCAAGAGCGGUCCUUCGGAUCGUGAAGUUGAGGGAUUCAAACGAGGACCAUGUGAAGUCAGAUCUGAACAUGUUUUUGACUCUUCGUUCACACUUAGUUGAGAUUACGAACUCAAAUCAGGAACAGUAUGAGCGGAUAAUGCUCUGUGCAAAGGCAGAAAAGGAGUACUCAGGCUCAGAACUUGACGUCGAGACCAUCGCUGAAUACUUAGCAAGGAUUGAAGUCAAUAGCUUCACAUUUACCACGGCAUUUGGUGAUCCGCUGGGAUUAUGCAUUCAACCAUUUGCAUGUUACAUGAAUCAUAGCUGUGAACCAAAUGCCGUUGUUGGAUUUGAUGGAGGGCUGAUCACAGUGAAAGCCUUGCGCGAAAUCAAACCUGACGAGCAGGUGUUUAUAUCCUACAUCGACAACACCUAUCCUUUAGAGGUUCGGCAGAAGCAGCUUACUGAAAGAUACUUCUUCACAUGCAAAUGCUCGAAAUGUGCCCAAGGGACUACCGCUAGGGAAGACCAAUUCAUCCCAUCCAAUCCAUCCUCGGAAGAGGUUGAAACUCUCAAAGAGGCUGAAAAACAAGCAAGGGAGCUGCUUACAGCCGCAAGGAGUUCCAAGGCCGAAUCGGCAGUGAAACAACUCAAGUCCGCCAUGAAGGUCCUACAUGAUACCAAAUUGUGGCCUAUUACGCGACAGCCAUAUCCAGAGAUUCGAUCAGAGUUGAUGGUGUCUCUCCUUGAAAUCGAGGACUUCUGGUCCGCCUUUCGACAUGGUUUGGUUCGAUACCUGUUUGUUGACCCUGUGCUCUAUCCUCACGAGUGGCAUCCCACCCGCACGAACCAUGAGUUUGUGUUUUCACAACUAGUCAUGACGAUCACACGUGAACAGUCAAGCAAGAUUCCCAAUGAAAGUAAAUACAAGUUCGACCCGGUAUCGGCGAUUUACCCUAUUCUUACAAAGCUAAACAAGUAUCAGAAGUACGAGACGCCUGGGGUUGCUAGAUCUAUCAAACUGGAAUAUGACGCUCUCAUGGCCCCAGUCAAGAAACUCGGCUACAAUCCGUCAACACCUUCUGCUUCCAAAGCUAUGUCUUCUGCAUGGAAGGUCCUUAAUAAUAUUGCUGAGGAAACACUGGAGACCGAUGGAUGA